CAUGCUCAUUCCCACCACAAGCUAAUUAAGGUACCAGCAACUCCAUCACAUCCUUAAUUUGCAGCAGCAGGUAAUUGUACACCGGCGAAGGAAAUUAAAGGAAAGUAGGAGAUCGAUGGCCAAGCCAAGCGCCGCCGCCUGGUCCACCGGCCUCUUGGACUGCUUCGACGACUGCGGCCUAUGCUGCAUGACGUGCUGGUGCCCGUGCAUCACGUUCGGGCGGGUGGCGGAGAUGGUGGACAGGGGGUCGACGUCGUGCGGCACCAGCGGCGCGCUGUACGCGCUGCUGGCGACGGUCACCGGCUGCCAGUUCGUCUACUCCUGCGUCUACCGGGGCAAGAUGCGCGCCCAGUACGGCCUCGGCGACGACGCCGCCUGCGCCGACUGCUGCGUCCACUUCUGGUGCAACAAGUGCGCGCUGUGCCAGGAGUACCGCGAGCUCGUCGCCCGCGGCUACGACCCCAAGCUCGGAUGGGACCUCAACGUCCAGCGCGGCGCCGCCGCCGCCGCAGCGCCCGCCGUGCAGCACAUGGGCCGUUAAAUGGAUUAGCUAGCUAUAGCGUCACCUCGUAUCUAUCAUAUCAUCGAUCGAUCGUACUUUGGGCGUGUGAAGUGGUGUCCAGUUAAAAAAAAGUUUUUUUUUUGGGAGCUAGUUAUAGUAUCCAGUUUUUUAAAAGAAAUUUAUAAGUGGUAUAUUAAUUAUAUGCGUUUUUUUACUUGAUACUAUCUACUAUGCCUCUAUAUACUCCUGUAAUUAAGUUUGUGUAAGUAUGGUGACGCAUGGUCAGGUUUUGUUUGUAAUUCUCUGCACUUAAUCAAUUGUUUGUUGUAUUUAUUAAUUUGCUGCAAAUUAGCUGCCGGCCCCGUGUUUGGAAA